GAUCUCUCUGUUGUCCGAUCUCUAAAUCCCCGUCUCCCCCCUUUCCUCGCUCGACAUCCUAAAAAAUCAUCCCGCUUCCGACUGAUUGUUAAACGCUUUAAACAAUCUUAAUAUGCCUAUGUACUACAAAUAUUGGGAUGAAUGUGUGGAGUCGGAGGACAUGAAGCUGAUGUGGGAUGAUUCAGAUGUGAGUAAAGAAUGGACUGAUGCUGGAGAAAGAUUCGGACAAAAAGUUCACUUGUCUCGUGAUCCUGAUGGACAGACAUAUCUUACUCAGACAGAAAUGAGGGCUGUGGCAAGAAUCGUUGUUGACAGGCAUUUCAAAUCACAGAUAGACCCGGACAUGCUCUGUGCUCUUGCUGAAAUUUUAAGCGACAGGCAGCUUCUUGGCGAGAGUUAUGAUAAAAAACUGAAGGAAACUAAGAUAGGAAUCAUGCAGAUAGCACUAUCAACAGCAGAAUGGCUAGUCAGGGAUAUGGGUUAUCGAAAAUAUGAGCUAGAAGAUGAAUCUCUGCUGUACAGACCUUUUGUUAACGUGUACUUUGGUGCAGCAUAUGUAAAAUGGCUAUUUAAUCAUGAUGGAAAACAAAGAAGUGAAGAAUAUGUUGUAAGAGCGUACAAGGGUGGCCUAAAUAAAGCAACCCACAAGUCAACAGAGACAUAUUUUGAACGAUACUUCUCUUUCAAGCGAAGCUUACCACCCAAAAGGAGACGGAAGUUUAAUGGCCAUACACUCACACCUGACUUUCUUAGUAUUGAUGCUCCAGCUGAGGAGAAAGAAGUUGAUGGACGGGCAUACUGGGAUUUUACAGUAUCUGAAAAAGACAUGGAUGAAAUGUGGAAAAAUCCAGAUGUGAACAAAGAAUGGACAAAAUCUGGCAAGAGACGGAGAAGAGUACAGUUCUCCCAAGAUUCUGAUGGUAGAUCUUAUAUUUCUCGGGUUGAGGUGAAGGCAGUUGCUGAAAUCAUCGUUUCAAGAUACUUCAAAGAAAGAUUGCAACCGACAACUUUGGCAGCAGUUGCAGAGAUUCGUAGCCUGAGGUUUGUAAAUGGACUGGGCUCACAUACUGGAUUGAUGGGAAUUGACUAUCCUACUGCUUUCUGGAUGUACAGGGACCUCGGCUUUAGGGCAUACGAAGUUAACUCUGUGGAGGAUCUAUACAAUCCAUUUGUGUCCAUUUACUUUGGAGCUGCCUAUUAUACUUGGCUUUCUAAAUUUGAAGGAAGGGAAAGAAGCCAAGAAUUCGUUGUUCAAGCAUAUAUGGGUGGGCCAGAAAAUGUUAAUUUGCAGGAGACCGGCCCUUUUUGGAAAAAGUUCCAAGAGGCUCUGAGAUAUUACGAAGUAGCAAAGAAGGAAAGAAAAGGUUGCUGCAUCUUAUGAUAUUUGAGCAUAAUCUAACUGCGAGGCCUCCGCUAGAAUGAUCUUCUUUGUUCCAGUUCUACACAAUACCUACACUGGAUAUGAAAAUACACCGAAGAAAUUGAUUUCUUAAUGGCAUUGAUUCUGUCUCUGCCAUUCCCUAAAUGUAUUACCUCCUACUAAUAAGGCUUUCAAAUCUAUUAUCUAAUAAGUACAGUUCAUGAUUUCUAUAGUUACAUAAAUGUAAAGUGGCAUAGCAGUGUUUAAUAUUUUCAAUCAUUUCAUUUUCAUUUCCUUCUCUUGUAAACCUUACACAAUAACAGAUUAUGAUGGU